GUUAAUUCCACGGCGAUCCGCUAGAGAUGGAAAUCAAAGAGGCGAGAUCGUGAUGUGCCAAAAAAAAAAAAAAAAAAAAAAAACUUGGCGAGACCGUGAAGGAGUGUCCAAAAGGCCAAUAAACAGCUAUCCAGCGGAGGGUAGCCGGGUGCGCGGUGGAGCCGAGACCGGCGGUCUUCCCUCGCCAGAGGUUAGGUUGAAGCCUGGGCACCACCUACGAAGACGAUUCCAUGCCUCUGAUUGAUCCUAGAAGUUAGUGGUUAUCAAACUCCAAGUGGGUAAUUCUGUAGCCUGAAGUCUACUCGCCGGUGGCUACUGGCAGAUAUGGAUAUACCUAGUUGUUGUUCAAGGGAUACCUCUGUUCUUGUUGUUGUGCUAGAAACUAGUGAAGUAUAUAUCAUUAUCAGCUUGUCAACAAGGCAGGACACCCAAGUAAUUUAUGUUGAUCCAACUACUGGUUCAUUGUGUUAUAGCGGGAGGAUUGGAGAUGAUCUUUUUAACUCGGAGGAAGAGGCCUUAAACUAUGUCAUAAAUGGAUCAAAGUUUCUGUGUAAGAGUACUACAUAUGCCAGAGCUAUACUCGGUUAUGCAGCACUGGGAACUGUUGGAUUACUUCUGGUUGCAACAAGGCUGAGUGCGACGAUUCCUAAUCUUCCUGGUGGUGGGUGUGUAUAUACAGUGACAGAAAGUCAGUGGAUCAAGAUUCAACUUCAAAAUCCUCAACCCCAAGGUAAAGGGGAACUGAAGAACAUCCAGGAAUUGGCUGAGCUUGAUAUUGAUGGAAAACACUACUUCUGUGAAACAAAGGAUAUUACGCGGCCCUUUCCAAGCCGUAUGACUUUCCAGACUCCAGAUGAUGAGUUUGUCUGGAAUGGUUGGUUUUCUAAGCCAUUUAAAGAUAUUGGGCUGCCAAAACAUUGUGUCAUUCUUCUGCAGGGAUUUGCUGAAUGCAGAAAUAUUGGAGGCACAGGCCAGCAGGGCGGAACAGUUGCUCUAAUUGCACGCCGUAGUAGAUUGCAUCCUGGUACUCGUUAUUUGGCCCGAGGAUUGAAUGCAUGUUCUAGCACAGGUAAUGAAGUGGAGUGUGAGCAGCUUGUAUGGGUUGCCCAGAGGGCUGGACAAAACAUCCCAUUUAGCUCAUAUAUCUGGCGACGGGGAACUAUUCCAAUCUGGUGGGGUGCAGAGUUAAAGUUUGCUGUGGAAGCUGAAAUUUAUGUUUCAGGUCAGGAUCCUUACAAAGGAAGUUCCCAGUACUACGAGAGAUUAAGUAGGAGAUAUGGUGCUCAAAGAUCUGAACUAACUGCAGUCAGGCAAAAGAAAACUCCUUUGGUUCCUAUUGUAUGCAUUAACUUACUUAGGAAUGGGGAAGGAAAGCCAGAAACAAUUUUGGUUGAACAUUUUAAAGAUUCCCUAAAGUAUAUUAGAUCAACUGGCAAGCUUCCUCAUACUUGGAUUCAGUUGAUAAAUUAUGACUGGCAUACCUCUGUAAAAUCAAAAGGUGAGCAACAGACAAUUGAGGGGCUCUGGAAACAUCUCAAAGCACCCACAAUGACCAUUGGAUUUUGUGAAGGAAAUUAUUUUCCUUCUUGGCAGCAGCUCAAGGAAUGCAAAGGAUUAGCUGUCAGUAAUGAUGACUUUGAGGGUGGAUUUUGCCUAACAUCUCUCCAGAAUGGGGUCAUACGUUUCAAUUGCGCAGAUUCCUUGGAUAGAACAAAUGCUGCCAGCUUUUUUGGGGCUCUUCAAGUUUUUGUUGAACAGUGUAGGCGGUUAGGCAUCUCUCUUGAUAGAGAUGCAGUUUAUGGAUUUCCUUCAAUGAAUAGAUAUGCAGAUUUUGGUAAUUAUGGUGGAAGUACAGAUACUUUGCCUCCAGGGUGGGAGGAACGUUUUGAUUCUGUUACAGGAAAGCCUUAUUACAUUGAUCAUAACACACGGACUACCACCUGGGAGCCUCCACGCCAGGAUAAACCUUGGAAGAGAUUUGAUAUGUCAUUUGAUCAAUUCAAGAGUUCAACAAUGUUAACUCCGAUAAAUCAACUGGCUGAUCUUUUCCUGCUAGCAGGUGACAUCCAUGCAACUCUCUAUACUGGCUCAAAAGCCAUGCAUAGUCAUAUUCUCAAUAUAUUUAGUGAUGAGGGUGGAAAGUUUAGUACGUUCUCAGCAGCACAGAAUGUUAAGAUCACUCUUCAGAGAAGAUAUCAAAAUGUUGCUAUUGACAGUUCUCGUCAAAAGCGGCUGGAAAUGUUUCUUGGAUUAAGGCUCUUCAAGCAUCUUCCUUCUGCCCCUAUUCAUCCUCUGAAAGUAUUAUCGCGACCUUCAGGGUGCUUCCUGAAACCAAUUCCGAGUAUGAUCCCAAUUGCUAAUGGUGAUUCAAGCCUUCUUAGUUUUAAGAAAAAAGAGCUAGUAUGGGUCUGCCCACCAGCUGCAGAUGUUGUUGAACUAUUUAUUUAUCUUCAAGAGCCUUGCCACGUUUGUCAGCUUCUUCUGACAGUGUCACAUGGUGCAGAAGAUUUGGCAUACCCAGCAACUGUAGAUGUUAGGACUGGAUGCAGUUUAGAUGGUCUCAAGCUUGUUCUUGAGGGUGCGUGUAUACCACAGUGCUCAAAUGGGACAAAUCUUGCAAUUCCCCUAACAGGAAGAAUCGAUCCAGAGGAUUUGGCUGUCACUGGUAAAAGUGCUCUCUUGCAUCCUCAAGAAAGUUCCUAUCUUCCUUUGCUGUAUGACUUUGAGGAAUUGGAGGGAGAAUUGAACUUUCUCACUCGUGUUGUUGCACUUACUUUCUAUCCUUCUGGAAGAACGCCUCUUACUCUUGGUGAGAUUGAAGUACUUGGUGUUUCUCUUCCUUGGAUAAAUAUAUUUACUAAUAAAGGAUAUGGUGCUAAAUUCAUUGAGCUUCUCCAAGAAAGACAUAAGCAGAAUAACACGUCUCAACAUGGUUUAGAUGCAAAUGAUUCCAUAAAUCCUUUUCUAUGUGACCCAUACCCCAAUUAUAAUCAGAAUGCAUCUUCAAUCAAUGGAGGCGGUCAUCCACUAGCUAAACCGAGUGCUAUCAACAACGUCAUGGACCUUCUUACUGGUGAUCUUGCAUCUACUUCUCAACCAGAGGUUUCAAAUGUUACAGAAAAUACUGGAUUGGGUGAUGGGGGCCCUAUAGAUUUCUUUGACAGUUCUGGUGAUGAUAACUAUUCUCCGGCUGCUUCUGCUGUGCACACUCAGUCACAAAAUGAAAGUGUUAGAGAGUACAGUGGCACUCAACAAUAUAUAAAUUUUUACAAAUCCCUUAGUGGAUCUAAUAAGGGGAGGGAAUUUGACUUUGUGCAAGCCAUGAAGCUUGAAAUUCAGCGCCUCCGCCUGAAUCUUUCUGCUGCAGAAAGAGACAGAGCUUUAUUAUCAAUCAGCAUUGAUCCUGCAACAAUAGAUCCAAAUCGCUUGCUUGAUGAUUCCUACAUGGUAAAAUUAUGCAACUAUGUCGAUAGCCUAGCAUCAUGGGGGCAGGCUGCACAUGAAGAUCAAGUUAAUGCUUCCAUUGGGCUUGAAACAGAUAAAAAAAUAGAUUUUUGCAAUAUUAAUGAAUUUGGAGAAACCUGCUGCGGUGCCAUGUGUGAAGUUCGUGCUGAAAAACAACCGUCUUUAAAAGCUUCUUCCAGUAUUUCUUCUACUGGAAGCUCACCACUGCUUCUGUCUUGUUCUCAAUGUGGAAGAAAAACUUGCAGUGUUUGCUGUGCUGGGAAGGGAGCUAAUUUACUAAUUAGCAAUAGUUAUAAAGAUAUGAGAAUCUACAGCAGUUUAUCAAGCCAGAGUGGUUCUAAUCAGGGAGGGCAGAAUGAAGGGUCUUGCAGUAGUCGAUCAACUCUUGUGGAUGGAAUUAUCUGUAAACUAUGCUGCAGUGAAGUUAUCCUUCAUGCUUUGUAUGUGGACUAUGUCAGGGUUUUGAGUAGCUUGAGGAGAAGAGCCCGUGCAGAUGAUGCAGCACGGAAGGCCCUGGAUCAAGCUGUUGGACACGAAGUUGACAGAAUAUCUAAUUCUUGGAGAGGUGUAGAUAUGGGCAAGAAGCAGUUAAAGAAGCUACUUAAGGGAGCUGAAUCCCUUGCUGAAUUCCCUUAUGCAAGCUUAUUACAUUCGGUGGAAACGGCUGUGGGCUCCGAACCAUUAUAUUCAUUACUUGCACCACUUGCCAUAGGAGAACGACAUUGUUAUUGGAGAGCUCCCCCUAGUAUCUCCAUUGUAGAAUUUUCAAUUGUUCUUGGAAGUCUAUCUGAUGUUUUUGGGGUUGCCAUUCUUGUCAGUUCAUGUGGUUAUUCAACAUCUGACAGCCCUGUUGUCCAAAUAUGGGCAAGCAAUACAAUACACAGAGAUAAGCGCUCAUUCAUAGGAAAAUGGGAUGUAAAAUCACUCAUAUCAUCGUCCCAACAACUUUGUGGGCCAGAAAAAUCUGGUACAGAAAAUGAUAUCCCAAGGCACAUGAAAUUUCACUUCCGCAAUCCUGUUCAAUGCCGCAUUAUUUGGAUGACAUUGACUCUUCCGCAGCAUGCUUCUAGUUCAAUGAAUUUGGAAGAAGAGUGUAAUCUUCUUUCUUUGGAUGAAAAUCCUUUUGCAAAACCUGAUCCCCCUGCUGCUUUCGGUGGAACGGACAAAAAUGCUCCAUGCAUCCAUGCAAAACGGAUUGUGGUCUUUGGCAAGUCUGUGAGAAAAGAGUUGGGCCAGGAUGCAUCACCACAAGUGCCUGAAAUGGUACAAAUGAAAAGUUUCUUGGAGAGAUCUCCACAAUUGAGUCGAUUUAGAGUUCCGGUUGAAGCUGAAAGGUUAACAGAUAAUGAUCUUGUCCUUGAGCAGUUUUUAUCACCUACUGUACCUGGAUUAGCAGGAUUCCGUCUGGAUGCUUUAAAUGUGAUAAAACCACGAAUUACUCAUUCACCUUCUUCUUUGGAUGUGGAUUUAUGGGAUGCCUCAUUGACCUGUUUAGAAGAUAGACACAUAACACCGGCAGUUUUAUAUAUCCAAGUUUCUGCUAUUCAGGAACCAAGAAAUUAUGUUACGGUUGGGGAAUACCGGUUACCAGAAGUGAAAGCAGGGACAGCUCUUUACUUUGAUUUUCCACGACCAAUACAGGCCCGAAUGGUUAUUUUCAGACUACUUGGAGAUGUUGCUGCAUUUGCAGAUGAUAUUGCUGAACAGGAUAACUCAAAUUUUAGAACUCUUCCUUUGGCUUCGGGAUUGUCUUUGUCAAACAGAGUGAAACUAUACUAUUACGCGGACCCGUUUGAGCUUGGUAAAUUGGCCAGUCUGUCUGCAGUUUGACCGUAAACUGUUUAAAAGGCCAUUCUUUGCAUUGGAAUCCAUCUUGAUUAAGCUCUCUCUUCAUGUAGAGCAUCGUAUGUAAUUUAUAAACACUAUCAAUAGCAUUUUAUUGUUUACAUGGUUUCUGCUCGUGUGAA